CCUCACGUUGAGGACCCCCGGCCGCCGCCGCUCCGGCCCCGCUCCCGCCCCGGUCCCGAUCCCGGCCCCGCUCCCGGUCCCGUUCAGUCCCGGCCUGUCCCGUCCCGGUGCCGCCAUGACGCUCCUCGCCGCCGGCAGCCGGGCGGCCGCGCGCCUCCGCGGGCCCAAGAAUGCGCCGUGUGUCCUCUUUGCUGCUCGCCACGCCAGCGCCGCCACGAACCUCAAAGACGUCCUGGCCACCAUGAUCCCCAAGGAGCAGGCGAAGAUCAAGAGCUUCCGGCAGCAGCACGGCAACACGGCCAUCGGGCAGAUCACGGUGGACAUGGUGUACGGCGGCAUGAGGGGCAUGAAAGGGCUGAUCUACGAGACCUCUGUGCUGGAUCCUGAUGAGGGCAUCCGCUUCCGUGGGUACAGCAUUCCUGAGUGCCAGAAGAAACUGCCCAAAGCCUCUGGGGGAGAGGAGCCGCUGCCCGAGGGGCUCUUCUGGCUGCUGGUGACCGGAGAAAUCCCAAGCCAGGAGCAGGUGACCUGGCUGUCCCGGGAGUGGGCCAAGCGUGCGGCUCUGCCCUCCCACGUGGUGACCAUGCUGGACAACUUCCCCACCAACCUGCACCCCAUGUCCCAGCUGAGCGCCGCCGUCACCGCCCUCAACAGCGAGAGCAAAUUCGCCCGCGCCUACGCCGAGGGCAUCCACCGCGCCAAGUACUGGGAGUUUGUGUACGAGGACGCCAUGGACCUGAUCGCGAAGCUGCCGUGCGUGGCCGCCAAGAUCUACCGCAACCUGUACCGGGAGGGCAGCGGCAUCGGGGCCAUCGACCCCAACCUCGACUGGUCCCACAACUUCACCAACAUGCUGGGCUACACCGACCCCCAGUUCAUCGAGCUGAUGCGGCUCUACCUCACCAUCCACAGUGACCACGAGGGAGGGAAUGUGAGUGCCCACACGAGCCACCUCGUGGGCAGCGCCUUGUCCGACCCGUACCUCGCCUUCGCCGCCGCCAUGAACGGGCUGGCUGGGCCCCUGCACGGCCUCGCCAACCAGGAGGUGCUGCUCUGGCUCACUGACCUGCAGAAGGAGCUGGGCCAGGAAGUGUCGGAUGAGAAGCUGCGGGAUUUCAUCUGGAACACGCUCAACUCGGGCAGGGUGGUGCCGGGCUACGGGCACGCGGUGCUGCGGAAGACGGACCCACGCUACACCUGCCAGCGGGAGUUCGCCCUCAAGCACCUGCCCAAGGACCCCCUGUUCAAGCUCGUGGCGCAGCUCUACAAGAUCGUCCCCAACGUGCUGCUGGAGCAGGGCAAGGCCAAGAACCCCUGGCCCAACGUGGACGCCCACAGCGGGGUCCUGCUGCAGUACUACGGCAUGAAGGAGAUGAAUUACUACACGGUGCUGUUCGGGGUGUCGCGGGCCCUGGGCGUCCUCUCGCAGCUCAUCUGGAGCCGGGCGCUGGGAUUCCCCCUGGAGCGCCCCAAAUCCAUGAGCACCAAGGGCCUCAUGCAGCUCGUGGGCUACAAAUCCGGGUAAAGAAGGGAACGGGGACCGGGCUCCCCCAGGGAACGCCGCGCUGCCGGGCCCGGCCCGGACGCCCUCGGCACUGAACCCCCCUCGGGUCCCCCCCGGCUGCUCCCCCUCCCCUCCCCUCCCACCCGCCUUGGGGAGGGGCAGGAGCAGCCCUGGGGUCCCCCCCCCCCUCACCCCACACCCAGAGCCCCUGCCCUGGUGGGGUGGGGGGGGCUCCUGUGCCCCCUCCCCACCCCAGCAGCUCUCACUGCGCACACUGGGAGCCCCCCAAAGGCUCCCUGCUCUGGGAGACCCCCAACUCUGGGAGCCCCCCCAAAGCUCCCCGUUCUGGGAGUCCCCCCAGGGUUCCCCACUCUGGGAGACCCCCCAGGGCUGCCCACACUGGGAGCCCCCCCCAGGCUCCCGGCUCUGGGAGCCCCCCCUGGCUCUGGGAGACCCCCCCAGGGUUCCUCACUCUGGGAGCCCCCCCAAAGGCUCCCCGCUCUGGGAGCCCCCCCAGGCUCCCCCACUGCUGGGCCCUGGGGGGGCACAGCCCCCUGUGCAGCCCCCCGAGAGGGGUUCAGUCCAGCCCCGUGUCCGGGCCCCCCGCAGGGACUCGAUACACUCCUCCCCGGCCGCGCCCCCGUGUUUGUGUGACCCCCCCUGCCUGAAGCCCCCGGGAGCCAGAGCCGGGACCCCCCCCCAGCCCCCCCACCCCGGCUCCUCACAGCUCUCGGGCACUUCUGUACAAACAACAAGAAAAAUGCAAAAUAAAUGUUUUUAUUAACAAACCCCCAGCCUCCCCCCUCCCUUCUCCGGGCAGGGUUUAGGGAGGGGGGGUCAGGGCAUGGUGCCCCCACCCCACCCGGGGGGGGUCACGCAGUGGUGGUGGCAGAACCGGCCUGAUUUGGGUCUGGGGGUCCCGCCAUGCAGCCCCCCCACCCCCAAAAUCCCUGAAUGAGGAGCAGGAGGCCGCUGACCCUUGGAAAAUGCUCUUUAUUGGCCUGUCCUUCCUUCCUUCCUUCCUUCCUGGGGCAGGGCAGGCUCGGGGGGCUCAGGGAGCCCCUCACCCCCCUGCGCCCCCCCCACAGGUGAGGGGCUGGGGGGGCUCUGGGGUGGGUGGGGACCGUGGCGGUCCCUGCGGAGGGUGCUGGGGGUGGGGGGCGGCGGGGGGGGGGCAGCGGGAGCCGCCCCCUCCCCACCCUGUGCGUGUGGCUUGUGCAAAGUGUGCGACGACAUCAGGGGGGGCUCGGGGGGCUCCUCCCUGCGCCGGCUCCUUCCCUUUUGUUCCUGGAAGAGCUGGGGAGGAAAUGGGGGGGGGGGGGGGUCCCAUCAUCUUCCCCCCCCUCCCCGUUCUUCCCGCUCUCCCGGAGCACGGCGGGGCCCAGGCACCGGAGCUGCCCCCGCCGGGACCCUCCGGCCUGGCCGAGGAGUUUAAAAAGAACCAAAAAAUUUAAAAAUAAAACAAAACAAAAAAAAAGGGUUAAAAAAAAAAAAAAAAGAAAAGAAAAAGAAAAA